AUGAAUAGACAUUCUAGUUCCUUCUAUAAAUAUCUGUGUGAGGGAGGUGUGGGGGAGAGAGUCAGUGACAGUGUUGACGAGAGGUGGGCCGUGGCUGUGUUUAUAAAAAGCCUUCAGCCGAGGAGCAGACAGAACUUUCAGUGGAAGUUUGAGAGAGACCAACCAAAGGCAUCUACAGCCGGCCAGCCAGCCCCACAGCCAACAAGCCAGCCAGCCCCACAUCCAGCCCCACAGCCAGCCCCACAGCUCUACUACUACUACAGUACUACUCCUCUUCCUCCAGCAACCAUGACAGAGAGACGUAUCCCCUUCAGCCUGCUCCACACCCCCAGCUGGGACCCCUUCCGUGACUGGUACCAGGGCAGCCAGCUCUUUGACCAGGCCUUCGGCAUGCCCGCCCUCCCUGAGGAGUUCCCCACCUUCCCCAGCGCCCACUGGCCCGGCUACAUGCGCCCAUCCGCCCUUGGCCCCGACAUGUCCACUGCUGGAUUCAUACCCUCCAUGAUCUCCCAGAGUCCUGUGAUGUCCCCCCUGCAUAGUGCCAUGAUGCAGGCUGCCAUGAUGCCCCAGAGCCCUGUGAUGUCCCCCCUGCAUAGUGCCAUGAUGCAGGCUGCCGUGAUGCCCCAGGGCCCUGUGAUCGCACAGGCCCCCAUGAUGGCUCAGGCUGGGGCAGCAUCGUACGCCCGUGCCCUCUCCCGCCAGCUCAGCUCUGGCAUGUCUGAGAUCAAGCAGACCCAGGAAGCCUGGAAGGUCACUCUGGACGUCAACCACUUCUCCCCUGAAGAGCUGGUGAUCAAGACCAAGGAUGGCGUGGUGGAGAUCACUGGUGAGUAGCUCUUAUCUGGAGAUCUCGCUCUGUGUCUGUCUCUGGCUUUGGCUAUGUCUGUCUCUGGCUUUGGCUGUGUCUGUCUCUGGCUUUGGCUGUGUCUGUCUCUGGCUUUGGCUAUGUCUGUCUCUGUCUCUGUGUGUCUCUCUGCCUCUCUAUCUCUGUCUCUGUCUGUCUAAAACUCUCUGUCUCCGUAUUUCUCGCUCUGAUUUCCAAUGCUUUUUCAAUGGGAGUUGUACGUUGACAGUCAGCGUAGAUCCAUACAAUUUCCAUCCAUUUUCACGCACAAAAGGUUCAGAUGAGUUGAACUUUUGAUGGGCCGACGGACACGUGACCAUCCGUUUAGCCAAUUAGAAUUAGAAGGCGUUAUACGUUACACACUCCACACGCGCACGGACAAUGGACCAAAAUUCAUCUGUUCUCCACGGAUCAGUCUGGCCUCGCACUUAGCAAAAAAAAUAAACGAGAUUAAUUUGUUCCAAUGAUAAUACCCACCAGAGGGCGAAAUAGUCUUGAAAAUGUUUGGCAGCAAAGGAAAUCAAAUGCCCGUCCAACUGGUUCGUUCUGGCGCCGGCCAUGAAAUCAGGACUAAGGAGCGGUAAUUCGGUGGCCACUGGCCAGAGAUGGUUGCAAUUGAGAUCAGCUGUGCCGGUGAUUUUAGCGCUUAUUGAUGAUUUAACGAGAGAUGACCUUGUGUAGUACGCUGGCCAUUGCUCGCUGCAAUAGUCCCCAAAAUAAAGGAAACACCAACAUAAAGUGUCUUAAUAGGGUCUUGGGCCACCACAAGCCAGAACCGCUUCAAUGCACCUUGGCAUUGAUUCUACAAGUGUCUGGAACUCUAUUGGAGGGAUGUGACGUCAUUCUUCCACGAGAAAUUCCAUCAUUUGGUGUUUUGUUGAUGGUGGCGGAAAAUGCUGUGUCAGGCGCCGCUCCAGAAUCUCCCAUAAGUGUUCAAUUAGGUUGAGAUCUGGUGACUGAGACACACACUAGGCUCCUCCUAGGCUCCUUUGAGACCCCUCUUUCAAUUUCACUGAGAUCUCUUCUUCUAGCCAUGGUAGCCACAAUAAUGGGCAACUGGACAUUUUUAUACAUGACCCUAAUCAUGAUGGGGUGUUAAUUGCUUAAUUAACUCAGGAACCACACCUGUGUGGAAACACCUCCUUUCAAUAUACUUUGUAUCCCUCAUUUACUCAAGUGUUUCCUUUAUUUUGGCAGUUACCUGUAUAUGACCUGCAUUUAAUGAAUGAGGCACAUGAGACGUCUCACUUACUAAAUACUACUAAGUACACAUAGUGUUUCACUUGGCUUAGUAAGUGAGGUGUUGCUGUGCCAUGGAGGACAGUAAUGUGUUGCCAUGGAGGACAGUGAAAUGUUGCCAUGGAGGACAGUGAGGUGUUGCCAUGGAGGACAGUAAGGUGUUGCCAUGGAGGACAGUAAGGUGUUGCUGUGCCAUGGAGGACAGUGAGAUGUUGCCAUGGAGGACAGUGAGAUGUUGCCAUGGAGGACAGUGAGGUGUUGCCAUGGAGGACAGUAAGGUGUUGCCAUGGAGGACAGUAAGAUGUUGCCAUGGAGGACAGUAAGGUGUUGCUGUGCCAUGAAGGUCAGUGAGGUGUUGCUGUGCCAUGGAGGACAGUGAGAUGUUGCCAUGGAGGACAGUAAGGUGUUGCCAUGGAGGACAGUGAGAUGUUGCCAUGGAGGACAGUAAGGUGUUGCUGUGCCAUGGAGGACAGUGAGGUGUUGCCAUGGAGGACAGUAAGGUGUUGCUGUGUCAUGGAGGACAGUGAGGUGUUGCCAUGGAGGACAGUAAGGUGUGUAGAUCUCCCGAGUGGCGCAGUGGUCUAAGGCACUGCAUCGCAGUGCUAGCUGUGCCACUAGAGAUCCUGGUUCGAAUCCAGGCUCUGUCGUAGCCGGCCGCGACCGGGAGACCCAUGGGGCGGCGCACAAUUGGCCCAGCGUCGUCCAGGCUAGGGGAGGCAAUGGCCGGCAGGGAUGUAGCUCAGUUGGUAGAGCAUGGCGUUUGCAACGCCAGGGUUGUGGGUUUGAUUCCCACGGGGCCAGUUUUAAAAAAAAUAAUGUAUGCACUCACUAACUGUAAGUCGCUCUGGAUAAGAGCGUCUGCUAAAUGAUGUAAAUGUGUUGCUGUGUCUUGGAGGACAGUGAGCGUAACAUUAGUUUCAGCCACAGGAGGUUGAUAGCACCUUAAUUGGGGAGGGUGACCUUGGAAUGGUAUCAAACACAGGGUGUUAGGGUUAGGUAAGGGGACAAAAACUGUUACCCACAAGGAGUGCACUGGCACAUAGACAAUUACCCCACUCAUUUUAUGAACCUCAAGAUAAAACCAAGGUACCAUUUUAAUACAUUGUAACAAUAUAAUAAAUAUAAUAUGCCAUUUAGCAGACGCUUUUAUCCAAAGCGACUUACAGUCAUGCGUGCAUACAUUUUUUUUGUGUAUGGGUGGUCCCGGGGAUCGAACCCACUACCUUGGCGUUACAAGCGCCGUGCUCUACCAGUUGAGCUACAGAGGACCACGAAUCUCCCAUAAGUGGUGAAGUGGUACCAGAAAGCUAAAAACUUCCAACCAGAAUAAAGGGUAGUUCCCUGAAAUGUUUGUUAAUGGUCACUAGAUGGCCUGAAUUUCUAUCAACAGCGUACCAUAAAACAGUUGGCGCCAAGUGCCUUUCUCAAUGGAACACCCAAAAUAUAUAUUUAUUUUCCCCUUCCCCUGGGGGAUUCGAACCAACAACUUAAAACUAACUUUCUUCAUGCUCCAACCACUGGGCUAUCAUGGCCAGGUGCAUGGCAUUUGACAUGUAUGAAAUGUUUGUAAACUAGACAAGAUUGUCUUUUAGUUGGGAGGAGAUGACACCAACAACACCAAUCCUCAAAACAUUUAGAUCCUCAAAAUCAUAACAAAUAUAAAUGGAUAAAUUAAUUAAUGAAUAUAUGUUUGUUUUUUUUACCUCAAAAGGUUAUAAGUGCUGAUGUUGGCAAAUAUAAAUAAACAAGUGUUAAUUAUUCAAACAAGUCCAUUAAGAGGAGGGGUUAAGAAAUCAAAAUAGCCUGCUUUUAAGUUUUAAAAAGAGGAAGAACCAUAUUCCGUUAUCAUGCAAAUAAAAGAAAUACAAUGAAAUCCCAUCAAAAUAAGAAUGAAUACUAAAUAAAUACAUCAUCAAUUAAAUAAGAAAAUAGAAAUUGUAAGAAAUAUUUUUAAUAGGGGAUCUAUUAAAAUUGGGUAGGAGGUUAUUUGGUACAGUCAGUGUCACCUUCGCACACAAACAACAUGUUAUCAAAAAUAUUUUUCUGGUUGGAGUAAGAUCCACAAAGGGACUGGUCAAGAUCCACAAAGGGACUGGUCAAGAUCCACAAAGGGACUGGUCAAGAUCCACAAAGGGACUGGUCAAGAUCCACAAAGGGACUGGUCAAGAUCCACAAAGGGACUCUGGUCAAGCCACAAAGGGUAACUGGUCAAGAUCCAAAGGACUGGUCAGAUCCACAAAGGGACUGGUCAAGAUCCACAAAGGACUCUGGUCAAGAUCCACAAAGGACUGGUCAAGAUCCACAAGGGACUCUGGUCAAGAUCCACAAAGGGACUGGUCAAGAUCCCAAAGGGACUGGUCAAGAUCCACAAAGGGACUCUGGUCAAGAUCCAACAAAGGGACUGGUCAAGAUCCACAAAGGGACUGGUCAAGAUCCACAAAGGGACCUGGUCAAGAUCCACAAAGGGACUGGUCAAGAUCCACAAGGGACCUGGUCAAGAUCCACAAAGGGACUCUGGUCAAGAUCCACAAAGGGACUGGUCAAGAUCCACAAAGGGACUGGUCAAGAUCCACAAAGGGACUGGUCAAGAUCCACAAAGGGACUGGUCAAGAUCCACAAAGGGACUGGUCAAGAUCCACAAAGGGACUGGUCAAGAUCCACAAAGGGACUGGUCAAGAUCCACAAAGGGACUCUGGUCAAGAUCCACAAAGGGACUGGUCAAGAUCCACAAAGGGACUGGUCAAGAUCCACAAAGGGACUGGUCAAGAUCCACAAAGGGACUCUGGUCAAGAUCCACAAAGGGACUGGUCAAGAUCCACAAAGGGACUGGUCAAGAUCCACAAAGGGACUGGUCAAGAUCCACAAAGGGACUGGUCAAGAUCCACAAAGGGACUGGUCAAGAUCCACAAAGGGACUCUGGUCAAGAUCCACAAAGGGACUGGUCAAGAUCCACAAAGGGACUGGUCAAGAUCCACAAAGGGACUCUGGUCAAGAUCCACAAAGGGACUCUGGUCAAGAUCCACAAAGGGACUGGUCAAGAUCCACAAAGGACUGGUCAAGAUCCACAAAGGGACUGGUCAAGAUCCACAAAGGGGACUGGUCAAGAUCCCCCAAAGGGACUGGUCAAGAUCCACAAAGGGACUUGGUCAAGAUCCACAAAGGGACUGGUCAAGAUCCACAAAGGGACUGGUCAAGAUCCACAAAGGGGACUCUGGUCAAGAUCCACAAAGGGACUGGUCAAGAUCCACAAAGGACUGGUCAGAUCCACAAAGGGACUCUGGUCAAGAUCCACAAGGGACUCUGGUCAAGAUCCACAAAGGAUGGUCAAGACCCCACAAAGGGACUGGUCAAGAUCCACAAAGGGACUGGUCAAGAUCACAAAGGGACUGGUCAAGAUCCACAAAGGGACUGGUCAAGAUCCACAAAGGGACUCUGGUCAAGAUCCACAAAGGGAGGGUCAAGAUCCAAAAAAGGGACUCUGGUAAGAUCCACAAAGGGACUGGUCAAGAUCCACAAAGGGAUGGUCAAGAUCCACAAAGGGAUUGGUCAAGAUCCACAAAGGGACUCUGGUCAAGAUCCACAAAGGGACUGGUCAAGAUCCACAAAGGGACUCUGGUCAAGAUCCACAAAGGGACUCUGGUCAAGAUCCACAAAGGGACUGGUCAAUCUCGUUGAGACCGGUGGGGGCAAGUGUGCCCAAUUUGUUAAUCCACCUUUUCUCUGCUGCCAGUCUUUGGGUCUUGGACCCCCCCCCCCCCCCCCCCCCCCCCCCGACUCCAGGCCAGAGAUAGAUAUGUUCUCUUUUCCAUGUGUACGAAAGGUUACAUGUGAUUCUGUCAUUUUAUCCAUUCUCUCUAUGCGAUACAUGUGUUGUUUUAAACGUUUCAGUAAUUGAUUUUGGGGUUCUCCUACAUACAGUUUGUUACAUACUUUACAUUCCAUCACAUAAAGAAGAUUGGAUGACUCCAGCUGGAAGUUUUGCCACACCGGAGCCCCCAUUCCCAUAUAUUUAUUUUCCAGGUAUUUGAUACAUCUAAAAUGAGGGUUAACCUGCACUUCCACACUACCCAGGGAAGCAUUCACCAAAAUGUCUUUACGGUUCUUGUUUCUCCUAAAUGCUGAAAUUAAUUUACAUUUUAGUAGACGCUCUUAUCCAGAGCGACUUACAUGAGCAAUUAGGGUUAAGUGCCUUGCUCAAGGGCACAUCGACAGAUUUUUCACCUAGUCAGCUCAGGGAUUAGAACCAGCAACCUUUUAGGUUACUGGCACAACGCUCUUAACCACUAAGCUACCUGCGGUUUCAACGGUUUAAAUCGGUUCUGUGUCUCCUCAAAAUGUUUCUUAACAAUAGAGUUAAGCUUCAUUGAGGGUUUCGAAAAAAAUGGAAUAAUGUCAAGCUCAUUGGACUGGCUAGGAGGUUCCCCACGCUCAAGGUCCCUCUUCACCUCUGCUUUGACUGUGCCUAGAAAUCUCUUGGUGUUGCCCCUAUGUCUGAGUGCUUUAAAGAGUAUCCGUGUAGCUGCCUCGACGUCUUCAUUUAUUGUACGUGUUCUGUUAAAUCUUAUAAGCUGAGACUUAAUAAGACCCCUAUAACUGUGUUUAGGAUGAUAACUAGUCGUAUGUAACAAUGCAUGUGUGUCGGUCCGUUUGAAAUAUACUCUAGUCCCCAAGAGUUUUCUAUCAUCAUGGCCUGGCAUCAUAAAAACUUCGGUAUCAAGAAAUUCAAUCUUUUGAGGUUGUACGUUGUACAAAAACUGUAAUCGAGGGGUGAUGUCCAUUCAAAAUAUCUAUAAAGUGUACAAACUCCCCCACCGAGUGGCACCAAACCCCAAAGAUAUCAUCCAAGUACCGCGUGUAAAUGGAUGGACGUUUUUUUGCACACGAGGUGGUGAAGACCGUCUGCUCCCAAUCGGCCAUGUAAAUGUUGGCACUCGCACGAGCAAACUUCUUCCCCGUUGCAGUACCUGAGAUUUGCAAGUAGUGUUUUGUAAUCAAAUUCAAAGUCAUUCCGCGUUAGUCCCAGUUCUAAGAAAGAAAGGAUAGCCUCAUCUGGUCUAUUUGUAUCCAUGUAUUUUAGGAAAAUGUCCCUCACUUCCCUAAGUCCUAAUUGAGUGUCAAUAGUGUAUUAGUGUAUAGUGAGUCUACAUCAAUCGAGAAUAACAUUACUCCAGAAGGUAACUCCCAUUUCUCUAAGCUUAUUAACAAAUGCAUAGGUACCCUUUACAUGACUGGGGUGCUUCUGAGAUAAGGGAUUGAGAAAGGAAUCAAUAUACUCUGCCACAUUACAUGAUUCACUCCCGCGAUCAGAAACAAUGGGACGGCCAGGGGGUAAUCUGGAAGGGAACCGUCUAUGAACCUGGGUUUUUAUGGAUUUUGAACAGUAGGUAGAACUUUCGCGCUCUAGGCGUGUCAGGGCCAUGCAGAUAACACAUUUGUUUGGACUAAAUAUAUUUAUCUUUAUAUAGAUCUUUUAUGAUUUCUCUAAUCUUCCUCUGAGUUUCAAGCUGUGAGGAACGUGGUAGUGAUCUAUAGUGCUGAACAUUGUUCAAUCGUCUGUUCGCCUCUAUUAAGUAUUGUGUUUGAUCCAAAAUUACUAUUUUUGAACCCUCAUCUGCUGGUUUUAUCACUACGUAAUGAUUUUCCUUCAAUUCUUUAACGCUAUCCGUAAUUCUUCAGUCAGAUUGUCCUUAUCCACUUUUCGAUAUGAGAUACUAGAAAAGGCUUCUAUAUCUUGCCCAAGGAGCCUUUGUAUUGGCUGUGAAAUAGAGGCCAACUCGGGUUCCCAUUUUGAUAUUUCAAUAAAUGGUAUCGAUGUUGAAUCUGCAGUAUAAUCAUAAUAAUCCAAAAAUGUUCAUACGUCUCUGAUACGAGUGCAGGUCCCUUCUCAGAACCCCCCUGUCCGUCGUAAAACGUGUAGGAAUAAAAGUAAGUCCCCUCUCAAGCAAAUCCCUCUCUGAUUCUCGUAAUGUAAAUGUUAGAGACAAAUUAAGAAUAUUAGACUGGGUGGGGGGCGGGUUCUCCCGUUUUCCAAACCUCUAGUUUAACUGUUUAAGCCAUGACUCUGGCAGCUGAUCUGCAGUCUCUGCAGUCCAAUGGACCGGAUCACGAGAUUCCACCCUAAAAUUACACUCAUGCACCCCAGUCAGCGCCCUACGAUAUCGCUUGGUGAUUUCAUUUGUCUGUCUGAUAUGUGCCUGCUGUCUCUCUGCCAAUUGAUCUGAAAAUUGUAUCAGUGACCAGAAGACCUCGGCAUGGGGGAAGAUCUUCCUAGCCAGACCCAAAAGCUGCUGGAGCUGUUUUUUGGUGGUUGACUCAACAUGAUUAAAACUAAGACAGUUGUUAUACCCCAACGCAAAUAGAACCUCUUGAGUCGUUUCCUGGGGCUCCAGUUUUUAUUUUUACUCCCACAAUGUGACGGAUUUCUGCACUAGGAAAACUAUCCACUUGUACUAAUGCGUUAUUAUAUUUACAGAUUUUCGACAGAUUCGAUGCUCCUAUUAUCACAAUCGGUUUAUUUAUCUCUGUUGACCAAUGCCUUCUUUUAUUAGUUGAACUGGCGUGUCGUGUAGGUCUCCGGAAGCGAGCAGUACUGAAAGUUUCAGUAUCAGUAGUGAAAGAAGUGGUGGAAAUCCUGCUGUUGGAGAGAUCUUAGGACUCAGAAUGGGUGUUUCCUGUCAGCAUUUGCUUUAUAUCAGAAUGACCCUUCAUCAUUUCGUUCUCAGUGAGGGCCACCACUGGAAGUUGGUGUGUAUGUGGUGUGUGUGAUGCAUAGGAGAGAGUGUUUGGCUGCUCCCCUCCAGGUGCCAACACGCCAUCUAUACAGGGGGAAGGGGAGAGAGAAAUGUCGUCAGACAUAAUUACCACAACAUUACUAGUAACUGUCCCACUUAUUCCUAUGCCUGAAGUCACUGGAGUCGAGGGGGGUGGGGCGUCAUCCAAGGUUCCCAGCUCAAAAUUGAAAUAAAAAAUCAUAACAUCAGUCUGUAAACUGCCAGGUUCGUUGUUAGAGUGCUGAAGGUUCUGAAGUGAGCUGUCUCCACCUGCGUGGUUAAGGUUAGAUUCUAGGCCAGAGUCAAUACUAAGGCCGGAACCAACUGGGGGGUACUGGAGUGAGCCAUGUUGCCCUGACUGGUUUAGAUUAAUAUCAAAAUUAGAGCUAACCAAGGGUUGCUGUCGUAAGCUUUGUUCUCUUAUGUGGUUGAGGUUAGGGUUAUUGCCCAACUAAGGGUCAUUGGCAGAGUCAAGCUUAAGACCAGAGCAAACUGAUUGGUGCUGGAGUAGGCCAUGUUCCCAUGAUUGGUUAAGGUUAGGGUUAAGGUUAGACUCAGAUCUAACCAAGGGUUGAUCGAGUAAGCCUUGUUGCCCUAAGUGGUUAUGAUUAGGGUCAAGGUUAGGGUCACAACUAAUAAAGGGUUGAUGGGAUGAGCUAUCUUCCCCCUCAAGAUAAAGGUUAGGAUCUGGGCUAAGAUGAGCCUCAGCGACACCACUAUCUGACCCCUGACCCCAGUCCAGGUUGCGAUGAGUUCACCCUGUGUCCUUCAGCCUGUACUGUGCUUCUUACUGACGCCCGAAGACGUACGGCAGCAUAACUGAUUUCAGGAAUGACUUCAGUAAAACCCCUUGUGAUUGGGUUUCUCCUGGGAGGAGUAGGUGUACUGAGGUUUCCUGGGAAAGGCUGUGUUCUUAUUGGGGACUGGAUCUCAGUGGCUACACCUAGUCUGUUCCCCUCAGGAGUGGGGUCUCCAACCAUGGUGCGUAGCGAUACGAUGGUGGAGGGGGUGAGCUUUCUCCCAUACCUCGACCUUUCCCCAACCAAUUUCUUUCUCUAGGGCCUGUAAAUCAACAGAGGUCAAUUGGUCCACAAUAGCAGCGAUGACAGAGUCAUAAUGCUCCCCUAAAAUGUCCAUAUUUGUUUACAUCCAUUUUUCAGUGUUCUGUUUGACCUUUUCUGCGGUCUCCAAUCUAGGUGAAGAUGGUUUGAUAAAAGUUGUAAGUUUAGACACCUGACUGCUCAUGACAACUGGGAACGACUUGGAAGCUAUAGCCUUAUGCACGAUCUCUGAAUGAUGGACAGCCUGUAGAAGUUUAAAAUAUAUUUUUUUGUUCGUUUCUGCCCUUUUGAAUCAGCUGGUGUCCUAUUCCGCUGUGGUUUGUUUAUUGGUAUCCUGUUGUUGCUAUGUUGUCUAUUUAAAAACUCACCCCGGUAUGGGAGGUCUGCCAACACCCUGAAGCGGUUCUUCCAUGAAAUGUAGUAUCCUCAAAAGAUAAGAUAGGAUAUAUUGUCCUUCUAGAGUAUCUACUCAGAGGAUAGGGAAAAGAAGGGUGGUAGGAUAUUGACGUUAACACAACUACAUUCUAUAUCUAAGAAAUUCAAAUGUCAAAAUGAAUUUAGAAAGACAAUUAAAACCAACACAAAAACACAAAAGGUCUAGAUAAACACAAAGACAAAAAGCCUGAAGGGUUUUUCAGGGUUCCUCUCAGUCCAACAGAUUGCAAGAUAGUGUUUUUCCCCCCCCCCCUUUUCCCCCAAAGAAAUUGGGUACAGGAAUACCACUUUAAACUUGAUAAUGUUGAAUUCCAACAACCUUGAAAGAAAUGUUGUUUCUUCCUUAUAAAGUCUUUGGUUUGUUGAAACCAUUUGUGUGCACACACAAAAAAACACUUUAGAAGGGCGAGGUUGGGAGUGCUCACCAACUAAAAAACACUUUAGAAGGGCGAGGUUGGGAGUGCUCACCAACUAAAAAACUUCAAAAAGUAAUCUGGUUGUUGUUGGACUACCUCUUGCAAAAAAGUUCCUUUGUCAGGAGGACUGUAUUUCCAGAGAGACUAUGAUUAAAAAGAAGGAUUCUGAGUCCCCAGGUUAAAAAAACAUUUAAAUUUAAAAGUAGCCCAAGAAGGGUAAGGAAGUUCCUAGUUUAGGCUUCUUCAGAGGAAAAACUACAUUCAAGGACCUUGUUUAAGAAUGUCGGAGAACAGAUAAUGAUAUAAGAAAAUCCAUGAGAGAACCCAGACCCCCACUCUGUCUCUGCCCCCCCUUCUAGUACCAUCUCCACUCAUACACAGAGAGAGAGAGGACAUUUAUCUGUGACUCUGACUCGCCGUGUCUCUGAACUGCUAGUCCACUCCCAGAACUUAUUCAUGUUCUUUUCUCUGAGAUGGUCCUUAGUAGCAGACAGUUAUGAUCAACAAAGCACUGAAUCAACACUGCAAUCUUUUUAUAGAGGCUCUUGUGAAUCUCAUGUUUCGAGCAAAGCUGAAAAACUGGGCGAUGACGAUGCUUUAUUGAGUCUAAUAAAAAAACAUUGGAUUCAUCAUAAGGGGGUAAAUAUGAUGCUUUAUUGAGUCUAAUUGAUAAUGAGUGUUAUUAUAAACUGAUGAUCUGUUUAAGAAACAAAAGUAACCCGUGUUUAUUUUUUUGAGAACAGAGUGCACUUCAUUUUACACAUAGCAGACUCCCUUAUCCAAAGCAAACUACAGUAGUGAGUACAUACAUUGGUCCCUCAUGGGAAUCGAACCCACAACCCCGGCGUUGAAAGCGCCAUGCUCUACCAACUGAGCUGCAUGGGACCACUUUACCCACUUGACUACAAAGAGAAUACUCAGCCCCAAUAAAACCCCCGCUCCUGCAACAGCCCAGUGUUGAUACAUGCCUGGUUAAAGGCCCUGGGUAAAGGCCCUGGGUAAAGGCCCUGGGUAAAGGCAUUGGGUAAAGGCAUUGGUUAAAGGCAUUGGUUAAAGGCAUUGGUUAAAGGCAUUGGUUAAAGGCAUUGGUUAAAGGCUCUGGUUAAAGCCCCUGGGUAAAGGCAUUGGUUAAAGGCAUUGGUUAAAGGCAUUGGUUAAAGGCUCUGGUUAAAGCCCCUGGGUAAAGGCAUUGGUUAAAGGCAUUGGUUAAAGGCAUUGGUUAAAGGCCCUGGUUAAAGGCCCUGGUUAAAGGUAUUGGUUAAAGGACCUGGUUAAAGGCAUUGGUUAAAGGCAUUGGUUAAAGGCCCUGGUUAAAGGCAUUGGUUAAAGGCCCAGGUUAAAGGCCUUGGUUAAAGGUCUUGGUUAAAGGUCCUGGUUAAAGGUCUUGGUUAAAGGCCCUGGUUAAAGGUCUUGGUUAAAGGCCUUGGUUAAAGGUCUUGGUUAAAGGCCCAGGUUAAAGGCCCUCGUUAAAGGUCUUGGUUAAAGGCCUUGGUUAAAGGCCUUGGUUAAAGGCCUUGGUUAAAGGUCUUGGUUAAAGGCCCUGGUUAAAGGUAUUGGUUAAAGGCCUUGGUUAAAGGUAUUGGUUAAAGGUCUUGGUUAAAGGCCCUGGUUAAAGGUCUUGGUUAAAGGCCCUGGUUAAAGGCCCUGGUUAAAGGCCCUUUCACACUAUCUCCCCAGUGUUGAUGAAUGCCUGGUUAAAGGCCCUUUCACUCACUCUGUCCAAUGUUGCUGUCCUGCAGGAAAUGGGGACAGGUCUCUGUGGCAAACUCCUAUUAGCAGCUCAGCUGUCGUCAUAACAAACAGACAUGUUGUCAGAUAGCAGGGUAGUAUUUCAGGCCUGGCAUGUAGGGACCUGAUGAAAGAGAUUGAGUUAGCACUUACCUGUAACAUGUAACAUGCUAGUGAACGUGUCAAAGGGGACAUGGAUGUACAGUACCGACACCAGGCAAGGGGGGGCGGGGGGGGGGGCAUGACAUCUAUUCUCAGCCCCUGGUAAAACAGAACAGACGGCUCUCCUAAAGAGUGAACCACUAGCUCCCUCAACAGUGUUGAAAUAUCAAGGGAGUGUUCAGACAGAGAGGCAACAGCUUGUGCUCUUACUCAAAUAAACAUUGAUAAGAUGGGCAUGGUACAUAAAGUGACUGCAGUCCCCAGUGUGUGAGACAGUGCCAAGACUGAUCCGUGUGUGUGUGUGUGUGUGUGCGUGUGUGUGCGUGUGUGUGCGUGUGUGUGCGUGUGUGUGCGUGUGUGUGUGUGUGUGUGUGUGUGUGCGUGCGUGCGUGUGUGUGUGCGUGGGCGUAUGUGUGUGCGUGCAUGCGUGUGUGGGCGUGUGUGUGUUCUGUGUCCACAGGCAAGCAUGAGGAGAGGAAGGACGAUCAUGGAUUCGUGUCCAGAUGCUUCACCAGGAAAUACACGUAAGUAACACAACAUCAUUGUCAAUGUUUAUAACAACAAUACAACUGCAUUCUUGUCAAAUAACCUGGAAGACCGCACAACAAAUAAAUAAACCACUGUUGCAUAACACGUUGUAACAAUUUGUCACCAUGCCGAAAUAGGAAUCAUUUUAAAAUAAUUGGAGUAGAGCCUCUGUCAGUGACUGGACAAAAUAAUGUCUCUCCCAUUUGUUUCAGAGAUUAAGUUGACUCGGGACUCCUUUCAAUGUUGAUUUCGUCAACAACUAAAAUCCAUUUUCACUGGAAGGUUUUAAAGCUAUUUCAAAGCUGGUAGAGCACGGCGCUUGUAGAGCACAAAGCUGGUAGAGCACGGCGCUUGUAACGCCAAGGUAGUGGGUUCGAUCCCCGGGACCACCCAUACACAAAAAGAAAAAAGUAUGCACGCAUGACUGUAAGUCGCUUUGGAUAAAAGCGUCUGCUAAAUGGCAUAUUAUUAUUAUAUUAUAUUAUAUUAUAUUUAUAUUAUAUUCCUAAACCUUCUGGCACUUUUGUCAGUUGUAUAGAAAUGGUUUGGUUAGGCUACUUCAUGGCAGCUUCAUGGAGGCUUUCCUUCAUAUGAUGCAUAUUAUGCAUUCUGCAGGCUUAGUCCAGACUCCAGUGGUUCUGUUGUGGUGGGUCUGGUCCUGUGAGCCUCUUUUGGUUGAUUGGUCAAGCCUGUAGAGGGUUGAUUGGUCAAGCCUGUAAAGGGUUGAUUGGUCAAGCCUGUAGAGGGUUGAUUGGUCAAGCCUGUAAAGGGUUGAUUGGUCAAGCCUGUAAAGGGUUGAUUGGUCAAGCCUGUAGACGGUUGAUUGGUCAAGCCUGUAGACGGUUGAUUGGUCAAGCCUGUAGAGGGUUGAUUGGUCAAGCCUGUAAAGGGUUGAUUGGUCAAGCCUGUAGACGGUUGAUUGGUCAAGCCUGUAGACGGUUGAUUGGUCAAGCCUGUAGACGGUUGAUUGGUCAAGCCUGUAGAGGGUUGAGUGUAGCGGAAGGCUUAGCGAAGGCAGUGACUGACGGUGUUUGUAUAGUACUGCCCUCUUCCCUGUAAGCUGAGCUCCACAAGACUCUGUCGCCAUCCAGGGGCCACUACACAUACCAUGAAUCUGGAUUCAACACUACACAUACCAUGAAUCUGGAGUCAACACUACACAUACCAUGAAUCUGGAGUCAACACUACACAUGCCAUGAAUCUGGAGUCAACACUACACAUACCAUGAAUCUGGAUUCAACACUACACAUACCAUGAAUCUGGAGUCAACACUACAUAUACCAUGACUCUGGAGUCAACACUACACAUACCAUGAAUCUGGAGUCAACACUACACAUACCAUGAAUCUGGAGUCAACACUACACAUACCAUGAAUCUGGAGUCAACACUACACAUGCCAUGAAUCUGGAGUCAACACUACACAUACCAUGAAUCUGGAUUCAACACUACACAUACCAUGAAUCUGGAUUCAACACUACACAUACCAUGAAUCUGGAUUCAACACUACAUAUACCAUGAAUCUGGAUUCAACACUACACAUACCAUGAAUCUGGAGUCAACACUACACAUACCAUGAAUCUGGAUUCAACACUACACAUACCAUGAAUCUGGAGUCAACACUACACAUGCCAUGAAUCUGGAGUCAACACUACACAUACCAUGAAUCUGGAUUCAACACUACACAUACCAUGAAUCUGGAUUCAACACUACACAUACCAUGAAUCUGGAUUCAACACUACAUAUACCAUGAAUCUGGAUUCAACACUACACAUACCAUGAAUCUGGAGUCAACACUACACAUACCAUGAAUCUGGAGUCAACACUACACAUACCAUGAAUCUGGAUUCAACACUACACAUACCAUGAAUCUGGAGUCAACACUACACAUACCAUGAAUCUGGAGUCAACACUACACAUGCCAUGAAUCUGGAGUCAACACUACACAUACCAUGAAUCUGGAGUCAACACUACACAUACCAUGAAUCUGGAGUCAACACUACACAUACCAUGAAUCUGGAGUCAACACUACACAUACCAUGAAUCUGGAUUCAACACUACACAUACCAUGAAUCUGGAGUCAACACUACAUAUACCAUGAAUCUGGAGUCAACACUACACAUACCAUGAAUCUGGAGUCAACACUACACAUACCAUGAAUCUGGAGUCAACACUACACAUGCCAUGAAUCUGGAGUCAACACUACACAUACCAUGAAUCUGGAGUCAACACUACACAUACCAUGAAUCUGGAUUCAACACUACACAUACCAUGAAUCUGGAGUCAACACUACACAUGCCAUGAAUCUGGAGUCAACACUACACAUACCAUGAAUCUGGAUUCAACACUACACAUACCAUGAAUCUGGAGUCAACACUACAUAUACCAUGAAUCUGGAGUCAACACUACAUAUACCAUGAAUCUGGAGUCAACACUACACAUACCAUGAAUCUGGAUUCAACACUACACAUACCAUGAAUCUGGAUUCAACACUACACAUGCCAUGAAUCUGGAGUCAACACUACACAUACCAUGAAUCUGGAGUCAACACUACACAUACCAUGAAUCUGGAGUCAACACUACACAUACCAUGAAUCUGGAGUCAACACUACACAUACCAUGAAUCUGGAUUCAACACUACACAUACCAUGAAUCUGGAUUCAACACUACACAUACCAUGAAUCUGGAUUCAACACUACACAUACCAUGAAUCUGGAUUCAACACUACACAUACCAUGAAUCUGGAUUCAACACUACACAUACCAUGAAUCUGGAUUCAACACUGCACAUGCCAUGAAUCUGGAGUCAACACUGCACAUGCCAUGAAUCUGGAUUCAACACUACACAUACCAUGAAUCUGGAUUCAACACUACACAUACCAUGAAUCUGGAUUCAACACUACACAUACCAUGAAUCUGGAUUCAACACUACACAUACCAUGAAUCUGGAGUCAACACUGCCCCACUGGAAGGCUGGAAAGCUUAUAAUAAAAUAAGAUUCAAUCAAAUUACAUUAAAGAAAAUGAAGAUGUCUCAGUUAAGUAUUUUAUAGACAGCAUCCAAAUACUAGCCUUCCUUCCUUCCUUGGGUCCUCUUACUCCUCCUGGAGCGUGAGACAUUGACAACAGAUUCCCAAUGUAUCUGGUGCUGUACAGUAUCCUGACUGUGCUGUUUCCCUUAUAAUAAUAUAAUAACAUGCCAUUUAGCAGACGCUUUUAUCCAAAGCGACUUACAGCCACGCGUGCAUACAAUUUUUUUUUGUGUAUGGGUGGUCCCGGGGAUCGAACCCACUACCUUAGCGUUACAAGCGCCGUGCUCUACCAGCUGAGCUACAGAGGACCUUAGUGCUCCCCUGGAGUUUAGACGCCAGGAAAUCUGAAUAAAGUAUCAGAUUACAUUAAAGAUGAAGAUAUAUAUCGAGAGAUAAAAGCACUGUCUGCCUCCAGUAAAGUAUUUCAUCCAUGUGCUGCGGUGUCUCCUCUCCCUCCUGCUCCAGCCUGCCCCCUAUGGCCGACGCUGAGAAGGUGACGUCCACCCUGUCCCCUGAGGGAGUUCUGACCGUGGAGGCUCCUCUCAACAGGCAGGCCAUCAAGGCUGCAGAGAUCUCCAUCCCUGUCACCAAGACCAACGACAUGCCGAUGAUGAGGAAGGGAAGUGGCAACGAACGUCACGGAGAGGAGUGA